ACAAUGGUGAAACUCGUAAACGAGAAAUCGACGACCGAGAAAAUCGAGACGCAGUUCAAGGGUGUUCGGAAACGGAAAUGGGGAAAAAGGGUGUCCGAAAAACUUCCCAACAGUCGUGAAAGGAUUUGGUUGGGAUCUUACGAAACCGUCGAGAAAGCGACAUGUGCUUUCGAUGCAGCUACAUUCUACUUACGCGGUCACUCUGCUAAGUUCAACUUUCCCGGUAAUCCAUUGGAGAUUGCUUGUGGUAAACCUUUAACCUCUUUUGAAAUCCUAGCUGCUGCUGCCCUGUUUGCGAAUUCGGAGCCUUUGAUGAUCCAUUCUGAGCAACCCGAACCCGCCUCCGGAACGGAUUCGUUAUCGCCGUCAGUUUCGGAGGAGACAUUGCGGUUGAAAUAUGAAUUACCUAUGGUCGAACCGAUUAAGGAUGCUUUGUCGAUGGAUUUAAGGGAUUACAAUUUGGAUUACGAGAUACUUCCUGGAUUUGAUGAUCUUACGGGGUCAAUGGUGAGGAGGAGGAUGUUGAUGGGAUUUUAG